CCCGAACACCACUCCUUUGCCUGCAGGCAACAAGACGCGACAGCAGGACCCUGUCGCUUUCCUGCAACACCCUGCAGCAGCUCCAACAUACUCACCACGACGCACAUCCUGAGCAGCAGCUCCUAAAUUCUUGUCUCAAGCUUGGUGCUGGCUGGAUCACCUUGCCCCUUGUCUAGAAAAUCACCAUCGGGCUCGUUCAAGAGCCACACGGUUUCAUAUCUGGGUGUCGAACUUUCUCACAAUGAACUUUCUCAAGUCCGCCGUGGCCUCGGCCAUCGAGCGCGGCCCGCCAUUCCCGUACAAUUUCGGCGACAAGGUCGACAUCGACGCCUCGAUAUGGACGCUCUACAACGGCACCCGCCGCGAGGACGGCUCCGACUGCAGCAUCUUCUCGUUCGACUGCGUCGCCAACAAGUCACGCCUCCCUCUUGCGAAGAACGCGCUCAAGAAACUGCGCACUAUGCGGCACCCGGGCGUCGUCAAAGUUCUCGACGCCGUCGAGACCGACACAUACAUUUACAUCGCCACCGAACGCCUGAUCCCGCUGCGAUGGCACGUCAAGCGCAAGAGCUUGAGCCCAGAGACGAUCAAAUGGGGCCUGCACAGCGUCGCGCGCACCGUCAAGUUUAUCAACGACGAAGGGUCUUCGAUACACGGCAGCCUCCGCGCGGCGUCAAUAUACACCUCGGAGAGUGGCGAGUGGAAGCUCAGCGGGUUCGAGGUGCUCAGCAACGUCAAGGACGACGAUGCGGUGAUAUAUACUUACGGAAGCCUGGUACCGGAUUCCGGGCGUUACACGGCGCCGGAGCUUGCGCGGUCUGGAUGGGACGCGAUCAAGAAGAGCCCACAUACGGCGGUGGAUAGCUACAACUUUGGCACGCUCAUCUAUGAAGUCUUCAACGGUGAUUUUCCGGGGCCAGACCAGGCAGGACAGACAAAGGGCGUCCCGCCGACGAUGCAUGCCAGCUACAGGAGGCUUGUCAAUGCCAACCCAAAGGCACGAAUCACAGUCAAGGCGUUCUUGGAGCAAGGGCAGCGGGCGGGCAGCUUUUUCGACACCUCACUCAUCAAGCUCACUGAGGGCAUCGAUAACCUGGGUGUGAAGACGGAAGAGGAGAGAGCCGAGUUUUUAGAUGACCUCGAUCAGGUAGAGGAUGACUUUCCGGAAGACUUCUUCAAGAUGAAAGUCCUGCCUGAACUGCUCAAGUCUGUCGAAUAUGGUGGCGGAGGACCCAAGGCGUUGGGCGUCGUUGUCAAAAUCUCCACAAAACUUACAAACGACGACUUUGAGACCCGGGUACAACCCGUGAUUAUCCGCCUGUUUGCGAACCCAGACCGCGCUAUUCGCGUUUGUCUCUUGGACAGCCUCCCGCUCAUGAUUGACAGACUGCCGCAGAAAGUCGUCAACGACAAGAUCUUCCCGCAGCUGGUCUCAGGUUUCACCGACAUUGCACCCGUGGUACGGGAGCAGACACUCAAGAGCGUGCUCGUCGUCAUCGGGAAGCUCUCGGACCGCACCAUCAACGGCGAACUGCUCAAGUACCUCGCCAAGACGGCCAACGACGAGCAGCCUGGCAUCCGAACAAACACGACAAUCUGCCUCGGCAAGAUUGCCAAGAACCUAUCCAACUCGACCCGAUCCAAGGUACUCAUCGCGGCAUUCUCCCGAUCGCUGCGCGACCCCUUUGUCCAUGCGCGUAACGCCGCGCUGAUGGCCUUGUCCGCGACCUCGGAGCACUUUUCCGACGAGGACUGCGCGGCCAAGCUACUUCCCGUAAUCUGCCCAUCCCUGCUGGACAAGGAGAAGCUCGUGCGCGACCAGGCCAACAAGGCCAUGGAAGUGUACAUGGCCAAGAUCCGCAAGGCGGCAGCCAAGAUGCCCGACACCGUGAUCCCCGUGACUGCCACGCAACCAACGACAGAGCCCGCCGGCCCGCGCAUGAGCACGCCGCAGCCGAGCCAGGCCGCGUCCUGGGCUGGCUGGGCCAUCUCAUCCUUCACCAACCAAAUCUCUGCCGCAGCGGGACAGAUGGAGCAGACCGCGGCCACCAAUGGCACCGCAUCCGCGUCGUCCUCGAUGCCCGGCUCCCCGUCCCUCGCCGGGUCUGACAGAAAGGUCACGCCCAGCAUGUCCUCGGCGUCGGCGUCCGCGCUGCACAGACAGGCCGUCAAGUCCCCGCAGCCUUCCUCGCUGUCACUCGCAUCCCCACCUCCCGGCGCUGCGGCGGCCGAGUACUUCAAGGAUCCUGUCGAUGACGACGACGAUCAGGAUGCGGACUUCGGCGAUGCGUGGGGCGAGAUGGGCGACAUGGAUGAUGACGAGGACAACAACAGCGGUUCCAGCAGCACGCCCAAAACAACGACCACGACAAGCGGUACCACUGCGACAAAGAAGAAGUCCACAACGUCGGCGGCACCAAGCACGAGUAGCGGCCUGGGCAUCGAUGAUGGCUCAGAGCCAGAUUUCGCGGGCUGGCUGGCCGCGCAGUCGGCCAAGAAGACUGGCGGUGUCGGCAAGCCCCUUCCCAAGGGGCUCGGCAAGUCGUCCACGACGGUGGCGAAGAAGCCCACGACCACGGCAGCGAGUAAGCCGAAGCCAGUGGUUGCCAAGAAGAUCGAUAUGAAGCCAAAGGACACUGGGGACGAUGACGACGGGUGGGGCGAUGGGUGGUAGACCCGGAGGAGAAAACAGGAUUACGGGUCGCUGCGCGAGGGCCCAGAUCUGCAUAGACGGAAUGUGUCACAUAUAUACCCUAGAUAUCUAAGCGCUG